AACAACAACCCAGUUAAAUCCCACAAGAGUAGGGUCUGGGGAGGGUGUGUGUACGCAGACCUUGCCCCUACUCGAAAGUAGAGAGGCUGUUUCCAAAGAGACCCCCGGCUCAACGUCGAAAGUUGCAUAGCUUGACUAACUGCUACUUCAUUAAUUAAAGAAGCGCAAAUAGUUUAGAUAUCCAUUUUGAUUUAUUCCAUCACACCCCAAAGCCAAAAACAGGGAGAGGGAGAUGACGAGUCCUCUGUAAGGCCUUUACUUCCGCGUAGCCGCCAGCUGUCCGGUCUCCCGCCCGCCGAUAUUCCCAAAUUGCCCUUCUCCUCCCAAACCACACAUUCAUCUUCUUCGCCUCAAUUCUCUCAUCCAAAUCCCGAUUCAGAUUCAAUCACUCACUCACAGCCGGUGAGUUCACUGGAUUGAACCGACAUGGUGAAAUCGAAGACCGGCCAUUGGGUUCGGAAUCGGAACCUCCUCCGCCGGGGACUCGGCAAAGGAGAAACCCCAUUUUGAGCGCCGGGGGAAAAUUCGAAUUCCCGGAGGGAUGGCCAAGACCGGGGUUGUGGACGGCUCUGAUUCGUCGUCGGCGGCGGCGAGAGCGGCGGAGCUGAAGAAGGAGUUGCAGAGGGCGGUGAUGGCGAUUGUCGGCGGCGAGGACGAUUCCAAUGCCGAAGCCAUUGACAGAGCCCAUCAAGCGCUUGCCGCCUUGAGGGAUCUCAGAACGAAACACCACCACCGCUCCUCUUUCAGAGAACCUCCGAACAGUUUCUCUCCGCCGCCGGACGAAUUCCGGUGCCCGCUUUCCAAUGAACUCAUGAGAGAUCCUGUCAUUCUCUCCACCGGUCAGACUUAUGACAGGCCAUUCAUCCAGAAAUGGUUAAACGCUGGGAACAGAACAUGUCCCCGGACCCAACAAGUCCUCACCCAUACCAUUCUCACACCCAAUCACCUGGUUCAAGGUUUGAUCACCCAAUGGUGCAAGGACAACGGCAUCCGGUUGCCCGACCCGGUCGAAGCACCCUCGGACGACGCCCUCACCGAAGCCGACCGGGACCGCUUCCUCUCCUUGCUUGACAAAAUGUCCUCCACUCUCCCGGACCAAAAGGGCGCCGCGAGGGAAUUGCGCAUGCUGACGAAGCGAAUGCCCUCGUUCCGGGCCUUGUUCGGGCAAUCCGCGGAUGCGGUCCCGCAACUCUUGGGCCCGUUGUCCCGGAUCAAGUCCGAGAAGGACGUCAACCCGGACCUCCAAGAGGACUUGAUCACCACCCUCCUGAACCUCUCCAUCCACGACAACAACAAAAAGCUCGUCGCCGAAACCCCCAAGGUCAUCCCCCUCCUCAUGACCGCCUUGAGGUCGGGGACGAUGGAAACGAGGAGUAAUUCCGCGGCUACCCUUUUCACGUUAUCCGCUCUCGACUCAAACAAAUCACUCAUUGGGAAAUCCGGUGCCCUAAAACCCCUCAUCGACCUCUUGGACGAAGGGCACCCCUUGGCAAUAAGGGACGUGGCCUCGGCCAUCUUCAACCUAUGCAUCCUCCAUGAGAACAAGGUGAGGGCGGUUAGGGACGGGGCCGUCGGCGUCUUGUUGAAGAAGAUAGAGGACGGGGUCCACGUCGACGAACUCUUGUCCAUUCUCGCAAUGCUUUCGACCAAUCAAAGGGCGGUCGAGGAAAUGGGGGAGAUGGGGGCGGUCCCUUGCCUGCUUCGACUGAUGAGGGAGAAUUCGUGUGCCCGAAACAAGGAGAACUGUGUCGCAAUCCUGUACAUGAUCUGUUUCACGGACCGGACGAAGCUGAGGGCGAUAAGGGAAGAGGAGAACACGCAUCGCACCAUCUCUCAGCUCGCUCAGAAUGGGACUUCGAGGGCAAAGAGGAAGGCGAGCAGCAUUCUUGAGAGACUUAAUAGAUCUUUCAAUCUCAUCCAUACUGCAUAAGUCGAAGAAGAAGUCGUCAAAAUCUUUUUUGUCCCCUCUGAAAAGACUGUAAAUCCUUCGCCUUCUUCUUCGACUUUUACAGUACGGGUCAUGUUAAGAUCACACCAAGCAUGACACCAGGUUUAAUACUUACAGUAUGUGUGUGAUGAUGUCAACUUUGGUGUCAUCUCUGGGAUUCUAUUGUCAGCCUUCUGGGACCAGACAUUAUUAGUUUGUGUAUAUUCUAAAAAAACUUGAGUUCAGUUCAUCAUGAUAUGCUCUAGUUAUGUGUG